GAAACUAGAUAUUCUUGAAAUGUGCUGAACUGGUUUAAUUUAACUAGAUAUUCUUAAAAUUUAUUGAAUCCGUUUCUAGGAGGGAGCACAAUGCAUAAACUUUACUUAGCUCUAAAAUUUUGGUUAAUCUACAAUAAAAUAAUUGUUUUUUUUUUUUUUUGCUUUCAAAUGAUUGCAUGCAUAUUUUGGUUGAUCUACAAUAAUCCGUUUCCUUUUUGUUGUUGGAUAGCUUACCGGGUUUGUCUUCUAUUAACUAUAUUGCUAGUUUUUUUUGUCUAUUUUCGCAACUUAUUUCAUUUCUUAAAGAACAUCUGAGGUGGUGAUUGUCUCUCAUGGAGUCUUUGAUUAUGCCAACAAUGUCCUCCAGGUAACACUAUCCUUUAUAAUUUCUUUUUGUGGCCAUUUGCAUUUAUGUUGUUAUUAGAGGAAUGAAAAGAUUGCUGCCUAGGAUGGUGGAUAUUGAUUCUAUAUAAUGAAAUUGACAUUAAAUUUCUACAUUUUAUGUCUCAUUUGAUAUGAUUGAUAACACUUUUAUCCAGUUCAAUAUUAUAUUUAAUGUUAUAUAGACCUUUUCAAUUUUGUCGGUACUUCCAUCCUCAUCAUCAUAGAGUUCAUGAGGAAGCUCAAUAAUAUUUAUUUGGAUUUGAUGCCUGUAAUCAGCAAUCCUUAAUCUAUAACAUAUAGAGAAGAAAGAAUAAACAUUUGUGUGUUAUAUCCAUUUCAUUUUAAUUAAUUGGAUCUAACACUAAAAUAUAUUUGUGUUCUAAAUUUGCACCCACCAUCUCAUUGUUAGGGAUUCUUUCAUUUGGCAUGUUAAACCUCUCAUACUAACACUUCACAUAUGCUAAUAUAAAUUUUCUCGAAAGAUGUUUCGAGGUCUUAAUUUAUCAGCUAGAAUUGAUUUCAGUAAAAAAGAUUUGGUUUUGGAAAUUCUACAAGAGAUAAUUUUAGAGCAAUGAAGAUCAUCAAGUAAUGUAAAAUAAAUUCUUUGUUUCUUUUGUUUGGGUAUAUGAUAAUGCAGAUUACAAUGUUAAAGUAUUUGAUUAACAUAUUUUGAAGGUUUAUGGGAUUUUUGUAAAAAUUUUAAUGAAUAUGGAGCAGUUUGUUUUUUAUCCGAAACUUAAUCAUGUGAUACUUUCAUGAGAUGGUUUAAAACAAACCAAACCAUGGAGCAGUUUCUUGGACUAUUAGGAGUCUAACAGCAAUAGCAGAAAGUAGGAGAUGCUACUGCUCUUGAAGUUAGAGUUGCUUCUCUUGAAAAUGCUACCCCUCUUGAAGUUGGGUGUUUUUUUAUAAUUUAAAAAAGUUUGGUAAAAGCUAUUUAUAACAUCAAUGAUUUUUCUCAGAGGCUAUAGUUUUUUUUCCUAAACAUAAAAUGUUGUUCAGCGGUGUAUGCAUAUCUUAAGUUCAGGAGUUGUUUCAUAAAAUGCUGGAGUAAAACAGCAUCACACUUAAAAUAAGCAUAGUCAUUGUUGUCUGUUGACAUCUUAUGUAAUUUAGUAGUUUUGACUUUUAUAGAUUUUUUUUUGUUACUACAAAUUUCGAUUUGCUUUUAGUUCUGCUAAGUAUUUUGAAAACUUGAUUUCUUUUUUAAGGAACAACUUCUCUGUCAAAGCUCAAGGUGUGAAAUCUGUUGCAAUGUGCUCCGGCUGAAGUUGCACCUGCCAAAGCGAAAAUUUCUAAAGCUUUUGUGAAAGAAUAUUGGAGAGGAGUAUCAAAUCCUAUAAUGUUAAAGCUACCAAACACUCUUAAACAAAGAGUAUAUUGGAUUCAAAAGAAUGAAGAUGAAAUUUGGUUGGAAGAAGGUUCUUGUUCACAACAAGUUUCACCAAAAGCUGAUGGUUCCUAAAUGUGCAAAUGAAUAUUGGAAAAGAAUGUCAAACCCUAUAAAGUUGGUGUUACCUUAUGGUGUUGAGAGGAAAGUGAAUUGGACCAAAAGAGGAGAAAAUAUUUGGUUGGAACAAGGUUGGGAAAAGGUUGUGGAGUUGUGUGGUUUGAGUUACGAGUGGUUGUUGAUUUUUGACUACAAUGGAAUGUCUCGUUUUGAAGUCAAAGUAUAUGAUACCACUACUUUAAGGGUAGCUUAUUAUAAGGAGUAUGAUGUUGAGAAUAACAAAGAUGUUGAUGAAACUGAGAACGAUGAUGAUGAUGAUGAGUUUGUUCAAAAACACUUCAAGAGAAAGAAGACCAACGCAGUUAAUGGAGCAAUAGGAAUCCCAGUUUCAAGAUUCGAAUUCAAGAAUCAUAUGUUGGGUCAACAUGCGUGGCAAUACCAGCAACGUUUGCAAGGAAGCAUUUGGAGGAAGGACCGAUUCGUAUGAGUGUGGGUAAUAGAGCUUGGACUGUGUGCUACAAAACUUGGAGAGGAAGGGCCAGAUAUCGCAAACACAAAUUGCAAAGUGGGUGGCUCAGAUUUAGAAGAGAGAACAAUUUAGCGGUUGGUGAUGUUUGUGUCUUUGAGUUAACUAGUGAAUUUCCUCAGACAAUGAUUGUCAGAGUGCAGAGUGGAUGAUCUUUUUAUUUACGGAUUUACCCUUUUCUUGUUAUGUAUUUGGUGCUUGUGUGUGUGGUGGCUUUGGUGUGAUGGUUUAGUUUGUAAAUUGACAAUUCAAUCAAGUGGAUAAU